ACAACAUGUCAUAUACCGUGUGCCACCAAGCACAACUCUUCUUCUUCCCUUCCCUUCCCUUCUCUUCAUCAUCCCCAAUCCAAAUUAGGGUUCACUUCCAUCACAAAUUUCACCAAUCAAGCUCCAUUAAUGGCGGAUAUUCCAAAUCCACAGUCUCCACCUCCACAAUCCACCACAUCACAACACCACACACUCGAACAAAAUCAACAAAUUUCACCUCCACAAACCCUAGACGAUUCGUACACCAACUCGUCUAGCUUCACCGAAGAAGAUGACCUCCUCAACGUUGACGAUGCAGACGUACCGUACACCUUCGUUGUAGAUCCCUUUUCUCCUCUCGAUUCGUCAAUUUUCGCUUCAUCGUCUUCGUAUUUGAAUAAUCGGAAUCAGCAGGUAAAUUUGAAUUCGUGUUAUCGUUGUUUAUCUGAAUCGGAAUCGGAUUUGGAAUCAGAUUGUGCAGAUUCAACUGUUUAUCCUGAUUGUUUGUACGGCCGUGAUGAUGAAUAUGAAUAUGAUCAAAUGGAUUUCGUUACCGAUUUGUUCGAUUCUCGUGGUGAAAUUGAACGUGUAGAUGUAGGUGUUAGUGAAAUUAAUGAUCAUGAUGAUGAUGAGUUUGUUUCGAAUAAUAACAUCGAGGAGCUAGGGUUAGGGUUAGAAGGUGGUGGUGGUGGUGGUUUAAGAGUUGCGAGAAUCGAAUCGGACUCUGAUAUAGAAGAUUUAGGUGCUGCUGAUGAUGAUCAAAAUGAUGAUAGAAUUGAGACUAGUGAGUUGAGUUUUGAUUCUGCUAGGGUUGAGGAGCGAGAUGGAUUGAGCUCGGUGAUUGAACGGAUUGAAGAGAUAUCGGUUUCGUCGGAUAUUUCAUCAGAGGGAGAUGCUUCGGUUGGGGUAUUGGAAUGGGAGAUUCUACUGGCAGUUAAUAAUUUCGAAAGAGGUCUUGAAUUCGCGACGGAAGGAGGUGAAGAAGGGUUUGUCUACACGCCUGAAUUCGAUACGUUGAUCGGUCAGUUUGUGGAGAGUGUUAGAGCUUUAAGAGGUAGUCCCCCGGCUGCUAAAUCGUUUAUAGAUAAUCUUCCUUUGGUGACACUGAAGAAGGGCGAUUUGAAUGAUGAUGAUACUGUAAUAUGUGCGGUUUGUAAAGAUGAGAUUUUGAUGGAGGAAAGAGUGACUCAGCUUCCUUGUAAACAUCAUUACCAUGGUGAGUGUAUUGUGCCGUGGUUAAGUAUUCGUAACACAUGCCCUGUUUGUCGGUUUGAGCUGCCUACGGAUGAUGUUGAAUAUGAAAGAAGCAAGAACAGGGUGGAUGAUGACGAUGGCGAUGGUGAGCUGCGUGUCGGGUAUGGUUUUGAUAUCUCACCUUGAUGUUGUAUAUGGUAUAUGUGAAUAGUUUCGUGUUAGUUUUGUUGUAAUGCAAAAGAUUGCAUUCUGUAUGUAGUCUUUUUCUACAGUACUUGUGCAGUUGUGCUAUCUGUUCAUGUUGUUAAUGAAAAAUAACCGAAAGUUGAAACAUUUA